GCCGUACAAGAGUUCAUUGCAUUACGAAUAAAAUAAAACAAUAUAUUAACAAAAAGAAGAAAAACAAAUUUAAAUAAACUUAAGAGUGAAAGAAAGUUCACAAUAUUAUCGAAAAAAAAACAUUGUUAGUAGUAGUGUAACUGUGAACAUAUAUCUCUGUCUAGUAAAUCACAUUUAAAAAACAAUCAUCAUUUGUGCAUACGCCUAAAACGCCUUUAUCAUUAUUGCCUUGAGAGAAAUCAUGUCAUCUGGCGAUUUUGGAAAUCCUUUGCGUAAAUUUAAAUUAGUUUUUUUAGGCGAGCAAAGUGUUGGGAAAACAUCGCUUAUUACUCGCUUUAUGUACGAUAGCUUUGAUAAUACCUAUCAGGCGACUAUAGGUAUUGAUUUUCUAUCUAAAACGAUGUAUCUGGAAGAUCGUACAGUACGUCUGCAAUUAUGGGAUACGGCCGGUCAAGAACGUUUUCGUUCACUUAUACCAUCUUAUAUACGUGACUCAACGGUUGCCGUAGUUGUUUAUGAUAUAACUAAUGUUAAUUCGUUCCUGCAAACCUCAAGGUGGAUUGAUGAUGUGCGUACGGAACGCGGUAGUGAUGUCAUUAUUAUGUUGGUCGGUAAUAAAACAGAUUUGGCUGACAAACGUUUAGUAUCAACUGAAGAAGGUGAACGUAAAGCGAAAGAAUUGAAUGUUAUGUUUAUUGAAACUAGCGCCAAGUCGGGUUACAAUGUUAAGCAACUAUUUCGUCGCGUUGCUUCAGCACUGCCUGGCAUGGAUUCAUUUACAGAAAAUAAGCCCGCCGAGGACAUACAAGAUAUACAAUUGGGUGCUCAAAAUGAAACUAAAGAUCCUGAGGGUGGUUGUGCCUGUUAAAUAUACGCAAAAAACGUAAACGUAUUUACGCACAAAUACACACAUAAAACAUACACGCAACACGCGCAUACACACGCCAGACGCUAGGAAUUAAAGGCAUUAAUUAGCAAUACUGUGAUGAUGAUUACGUACAUUAGCGGCUAUCUAUACAUUCGAAGCUAAUAAUGACAUAUAAAUUACGUUUGCAAUUAAUUCUGUUUUGCUAAAAGAUAUUACUAUAAGAAAGUCGGUGCUAAAGCAAUAACGUACCCGCCUCGCAUAUCCUCAUCAUUUAAAGUUAAUUGAAACGCUGCUAAAU